AUGGUUGGCGUAGCUGGGCGAUCUAAAGCGUGUCACACGUGCAGGCAGAGGAGAAUUCGGUGUGGCGCUGAAAAGCCGAGUUGUAGUAACUGCCUCAAGUCCGGCCGUUCAUGCGCAGGCUAUCAGAAAACACAGGUCUUCAUACCAUCCCAUUACACAAAGACAACUAAUCCCGAAAUGAUAACUUCGGAUGCACCUCUAUCUCUGUUGCGGUGCAAGGAAGUUAAGCAUCACUCACAUGGGAAUCGACACCUUCCGAUAACCACGCUACCGAUAUCGAUAUCUGUACGCAAUGCCAACAGGGAUCAGUUCCUAGCCCGAUUCAUAGACCGGCAGCUCCCAUCAUGUAUCCUCACCUCAGGCCACCUCAAUGAUCAUCGAAAAUGGCUUCUCCGCCUACCCGACAUGCCGUCACCGACCCCGGCCAUGGAGCACGCCAUCCUGGCCCUCAGUACCGCAGCCUUGGAGAAAGAUGGCGGCUUUGGCGUCAGACAAGGUCAGAGCCUGCAGCUAUAUACAAGAGGACUCUACGAGCUACAACGGGCCAUUGACAACCCCAAAAUGAGAUUGGAUGAUCAGACCUUGGCUGCAUGUGUCUUGCUCGGCAUGUUUGAGUUCUCAGAAUGUCCGGGGCGAACUGUUAGUGAUUAUAUGAGACAUUAUCAGGGAGCUAUGGCACUCUUGAGGCUUCGUGGGCCCGGGCAACAUAUUGGUGGACUGGCGCAUGAUGUGUUCCAAGUACUGAGAAUGCAUACGGUCUGGCCCAGGGCUACGAUAGCCAAUUAG